GGCUCCACUCAUUCUAAGAUCACAAGCACAAAAACACACAGAAUUGCAAAGUUCUUUCCCUCAAUCUCUCUCACCAAGAUGACAACCAAAUGCCUCGGUUUCCUUUUGGUUAUUGUUUUGCUCAACUCCACAAUUCUUGGGGAAAGUGCUCGACGUUUCGAUAUUAUAAAGCACCGCAAUUUGUGUCGUGGAGCAAUCGGGGGUUUCUUUGACGGCUUAUGUCUCGGAUCGAUCAAGGAGUCGGGUCCUAGCCCGGGUCAAGGGAACAAGUUCAAUGACAACCAAACCCUUGGAGGAAGAAAGGUUUCCGGCCCUAGCCCUAGUACUAGAAACAAAGUCACAAAUGUUGAGACACUCGAAGGGGUUAAGGAUUCCGGGUCAAGCCCUGGUACGGGACACAAAUUUACAAAGGUUGAGACCCUCGGAGGGAUUAAGGAUGCUGGCCUCAGCCCUGAUACAAGAAACUCAUUCACGAAUAUAGAUAUUCUUAGAGGGAUUAAGGAUGGCCCAAGCCCUGGUACAGGAAACUAAUUUACAAAUGUAGAUAUUUUAGGAGGAAUUAAGGAUGGGCCAAGCCCAGGUACAGGAAACAAAUUAACGAACAACAUACAUCAAUGACUAUUUCAUUGUUUACAUAGACUAAAAAAAUAUUUCAUUUAUAAUUUUUUUUGUUAAUUUAUACUUUUUAUAUCUUCCAGAUCCGUUAUAUAUUCAUAUGCUUAACUUCA